AUGUAUGAGAUCUACGCUGCCGGUGCUGCGGCAGCAUUCACAGUAGACUGUCUUGUCUACCCUCUAGAUACUAUCAAGACCAGAUACCAAAGCCAAGACUUUGUCAAGACUUAUGCUUCGACAUCGGGAAGCAAAGCGCCCCUCUUCCGGGGCCUCUACCAAGGCAUCGGGAGCGUGGUGCUAGCCACAUUACCGGCAGCCGGGAUAUUCUUCGCCACGUACGAGAGCAUGAAGAAGACCAUCUCCAACACGGCCCUACUCCCUCAACCGUUCGUCCAUGCCUCAGCCUCAGCCAUCGCAGAGAUGGGCUCAUGCCUGGUGCUCGCACCGGCAGAAGUCAUCAAACAAAAUGCGCAAAUGUUGCGGAAGCAAGAUAACAGCAGCAACAGCACCAGGCGAUCAACUUCCCUGGAGGCCCUCCGACAAGUCACCAGUUCCGGAGCGCAAAGGCGUCUCUUCUCCGGAUACACGGCCCUCGUGGCACGCAACCUCCCCUUUACUGCUAUUCAAUUCCCCAUCUUUGAGCAUGUGCGAAACACAGUCUGGACCUCGAGGUCGGAAGGGAGGGCAGAGGGCGAAGAGCAAGGCCUCGUAGAGACGGCCGUAGUCACGGGGACCAGCGCAGGCGCAGCGGGCGCGUUUGCGGCGUUCAUCACUACGCCGAGCGAUGUCGUCAAGACGCGGAUGAUGCUGAGCGCGGGAGAAGCCGGCGAUCAGAGCCACGUUGCCGCGCCUCAACAGGCUGGUGGAUCGACGAAGCCCAGGCCGAAGCCGAAGCGCGGCAGCUUGGAGGUGACGAGGGACGUGUAUCGACAGCACGGCGUGCGCGGGUUGUUCCGCGCUGGAGGGCUGCGUGCCGCGUGGACGGCCGUCGGCAGCGGUCUCUACCUGGGCACGUACGAAAUGUCAAAGGUCUGGCUCACUCGAGGCAAGGACGAAUCGGAAGUUGUCGGAGGGCUGUAG